AUGGCGGAAUCGCCUGGGCCGAGCGACGCUGAAGCGUCAGGGGGCUGUAACGGCGGAGGAGAGGCCGCCGAAACGGAUUCUGGGACGUCUCAAAAUGCGUCUGGCUGUGAUAGUAUUGGUGGAGAAGAGGCGAUAAUGAGGUUUGCAGAAUUCCAAAACGCACCAGGGGGCAGUAAGGGAGAGGCGGAGGAAACAAGGUCUGUGCCAGGGGGAAAUGGGGAAGAGGAGGCGGGACAGUGGAAGGAGAAGGCGCUUAGUCUUGAAAAGACGGUGGGGGAGCUGGAAGCGAAGGUGACGGAGCUAGAGAGAGCGGUGGAGAAGGAGCGGAAGGAGCGCGCGGCGGAGCGGAAAGGGCGGAUCCGCGCGGAGCAGCAGCUGCGCAGCCGGCUCCUCGCCCCCGCCGCUGAGCCCUCGUCGCCGACUGUGCGGGCACACGGAGAAGUCGACGCGCAUGGAGAUCUCGAUGACAAUUGCGUUACCGGGUGUGACGCUAGAGACCAGUCAGAGGGCUGUGACGUGGCAGUGACUCAGCAUGUGCGUCAGUCUACUCAAGACCAGCGCGGUCAGGAGAACGGGCAGGAGCACAGGAGUGUUGGGCUCACCACGUACCCCAUGUCUCCCAUUGGCGUCAUCCAUUCCUGCUUCUCUGCCAGGAACGGCACGCCACGUCAGCCGCUGCUGGUGCCAGCAGCGCGGGCCUAUCUGGAGCUGCCACGUGGAGGGGUGGCACCAGCAGCGCUGGAGGGAUUAGAGGGGUACUCGCACUGCUGGCUGCUCUACGUCUUUCAUGCCAACACGGACAUCCAGAGGCUCUGGUCCGACCCUUUACAUCGCAGAUUCCGUGCCAAGGUUCAAGUGCCGAGGCUGCAGGGGGGUAAGCUGGGAGCGCUGGCGACGCGCACACCGCACCGGCCGGUGCCCAUUGGGCUGAGCAUCGCCAGGGUGGAGCGCGUGGAGGGGCGGCGGGUGCUGCUGUCGGGUGCGGACUUGGUCGAUGGCACGCCUGUAUUGGACAUCAAGCCUUAUUUGCCCUACUCGGACGCCUUGCCAUCUGCCACAGUGCCACAAUGGGUGGAGCCAUCAGGAGAGGGCGAUGGCAUGCACAUGGCAUCUGUCACCUUCCAUCCCGCUAUCUCCACACAGCUUCAAGAUGCAUGGUCGUCGCAGGUGCGCCUUGUAGUGCGCUUUGUUGUGCGACUUUUUCUCCUGUCACCUUUCCUCUCCUUCUCUUUCCCUUCUCCCCCUUCGCCCCUUCUCUCGUGCUCAUCGUCUCCCCCUUUCCCACCUCUCCCGCUCCCGAAAUCUGCCUUCCUUCGCCUCCCUCCAGAGCCACCGCUCGUUAUACUCACACCCGGAUGA